AUGAAGAUGACCCGGUGGAAGAGACUGUGCCGGCAGCAUUACCUGUGGGUCCUCGGCUGCUAUUUGCUUCUGGCCGUUGUUGCUCUGAGAUUCUCUCUCCGGCUGAAAUGCAACUUUGAUUCCCUGGAUCUGGAGUCCAGGGAUUUUCAAAGCAAGCGCUGCAGAGACAUCUUGUACAAGUCCCUGAAGUUGACAGCAAAGCGAUCCAUCAACUGCUCUAGAAUAAUCCGAGGGGACAAGGAAGCCGUGAGGGAGGCUCUCCUGGACCGUCUGGAGGUGAAGAAGCGGGAGCCGUUCACGGCCACCACCUACCUCAACAUGACCAGAGACUGUGAGCACUUUAAGGCCAAAAGGAAGUUCAUACAAUACCCACUCAGCAAAGAAGAGUUGGACUUCCCUAUUGCAUACUCUAUGGUGGUCCACGAGAAGAUUGAAAGCUUUGAAAGGCUGCUGAGAGCUGUGUAUGCCCCUCAGAACAUAUAUUGUGUUCAUGUGGAUGAGAAGUCCCCAGAAACUUUCAAAGAGGCAGUCAAAGCCAUUGUUUCAUGCUUUCCAAAUGUCUUCACGGCCAGUAAGUCGGUUCGGGUGGUUUACGCCUCCUGGUCCAGAGUGCAGGCUGACCUGAACUGUAUGGAAGACUUGCUCCAGAGCUCAGUGCCAUGGAGAUACCUCCUGAAUACGUGCGGAACAGACUUUCCCAUAAAGACCAAUGCCGAGAUGGUCCUGGCCCUCAAGAUGUUGAAUGGGAAGAAUAGUAUGGAGUCAGAGAUACCUACUGAGUACAAACAGUCUCGCUGGCAAUAUCACUAUGAGGUGACAGACACAAUACAGAUCACCAGCAAGACGAAGGCCCCUCCCCCUGAUAAUAUACCUAUAUUCACGGGGAAUGCCUACAUUGUGGCUUCUCGAGGCUUUGUCCAGCAGGUCUUAGAGAACCCCAAAGCCCAACAACUGAUUGAAUGGGUAAAAGAUACCUAUAGCCCCGAUGAACACCUCUGGGCCACCCUUCAGCGUGCACCAUGGAUGCCUGGCUCUGUUCCCUACCACCCCAAAUUUCACAUGUCAGACAUGGCUGCCAUGGUCAGGCUGGUAAAGUGGCAGGUCCAUGAAGGAGACAUCAGGAGUGGGGCACCUUAUGCACCUUGCUCUGGAACCCACCAGCGGGCAAUCUGUAUUUAUGGGGCUGGAGACCUUCACUGGAUUCUUCAGAACCAUCACUUGUUGGCCAAUAAGUUUGACCCAAAGGUGGAUGAUAAUGUUCUUCAGUGCUUGGAAGAAUACUUACGCUAUAAGGCUAUCUACGGGACUGAACUCUGA